AGUUGUUCUACGCACGCCAACCAAACCUAUCUCUCUCCCUACUUACACAAACUCUCACAAACCCUUUCUAUCUCCCAUCUCCACACCGCACCGAAGCUGCUCUUCUUCUUCUUCUUCUCCCCGUCCAAUUUCCCGAUCGCCGGAGCAAUUCUCCUCCUUCGUUUCUCCGAUCAGCGGCAGGUUAGCCGGCAUGUGACUUGAGGCAGAAGAAGAGCUAGCUUGGACAUGGUUUUGGAUGGGAAGUGGAGAUAAUUAGGGGGAGAGGACGACGACAAUUAACUAUAUUAUGGGAGGCUGCUGCUGCUGUUCCUCCAAGGGAGCUGAACUUAAUUCCACUCCCGCCUACUACUAUUAUCCUAGAGCAGCAGAAGAGCGUAUCCCGUUAUCAGCUCACCAUGUUGCUGCCUCUACUUUCUCUUCUGGGCUCCUGGUUGAUACCAACCUAGACACUUCCGUUCCUGAUGCUUAUAGGGCCCCUCCAACACCCAUGCCAUUUGAUGUUGUUAUAGGGCGCCCACAAACUCCACCGGAAGCUCAAGAAACUUGUAGCGAUAAUAGGAGUGAUGGAACUCUCCAAACUGCAAAUUCUGGUACUGCUCAAGAAACACCCGGUGCUGGUACUCAAGAUGCAUCGGUGAAGUGUGAAGAUGCCAAGGAUUCAGAUAAAAAAAAAGCAGGCUUAGAGAUUGAUCCAGUGGAGGAGUUAGAGGUAGAGAUCACCAAGCCAGUUGGGCCUUUUGUUCCACCUACAGAGGAGGAGGAUUGUUGUCCCACAUGUCUCGAAGAGUACGAUGAUGAAAACCCGAGAAUCAUCACCAAAUGUGAACAUCAUUUUCACUUGGCGUGCAUUUUCGAAUGGAUGGAAAGAAGUGACACAUGCCCCGUUUGUGACAAGGAAAUGAUCUUCGAUCCUCCUAUUGAUUAGCACAGCUGUACAGAAUACCUGGAUAAAAGGCCCAACAAGUUAGCUGUUUUCACCUGAGUUUGAGAAUACAAGUGUUGCAAAUGCAUAGAAGUCUGGUUUCUCUUCUGUUUGUGUCAUUGUCCUGUGAUUGCGGCAGAAUAUCAGGCUGUGGCUGUUUCUUUGUUUUCUCUUUUCUUUUGCUCUGUGAUCGUUCUUAGCUCUUGUUGUUUGAGCACUGUAUUCUCUUUCUCAGACAAUGAUGCAGUUUGAAUAGACGCUAGGAAGGUUUGAUUGGUUGAGGGGGAAAAGAAAGGAGAAAAAGAGGGAAACAGGAUAAGCUGAAGAGUCUGGUCGUUGCUUCAACGUGUGAAGACGGUGACUCUAGUUCACAAUUUGGUUUAUAGAAUCAUCUCAUAAGGAUAGAAUGUUGAAUGUCUUCAGCUUUUGCAUCGGUUCGGGUACUUUGGUUGAUAGUCAGUCACAUUGCUUUUCCAAAUGAUUUCCUGCUAUGUUCUUUGUUCCCUCGGUUAUGUCCCGGUCUGUAGUGCAGACUGCAGAUCUUUCUUUGGCAUUCAGAUAAAACUAGUAGUCAGCAAUUGCUUCUUUAGAGAAACAAUAUCAGAGAGACAAUUUGGGGGGUUCGGUUCUGUAGAAGGGUACAGAUUGUGCAAUUUGGAGGUAUAGUGUGUUCUUUUGUAUUCUCUUUUCAUUUCUCUGUAAAUGAUACGCAUCUGGUGUUCGGGAUUUCAGUAUACAGGAUUACAGGUAGCUCUCUGCCCGUCAUUAUAGGCUUGAUUCGUCUUUGGUUGAAAUUUGGCCUUGUUUUACAUUUGGUUACUGUGUAAAUUGAAUUCAUACGACCCCUUAAGAGUUAAGACAUUAUUAUCAUUUUGUCCUGGUGUUAUCUGCUGACUAACUGGAAAUCUACCACAUUCCACAAUCAUCAGAGGCUUUCCUAUUCACUAGUGUUGUCUGCAGGUCUGGUUAUAUAUGUAUUUAUAGAUCAUCAAAGUGAUAUAACCAAUGUAGAAAGCAAGAGAAUAUAUUGUUCUGGAAAAGCUAUUUCUGAAUUUGUGGCCUCCAUACUAGAACGGAGGGUGGACGCCUCAAUUCUACCUUAAAUUGUACAUUAGAUUUGUUGGGCAAAAUGGUGUCCGAGACAACCUUGUAGAAAACGUGGUAAGCACGAAUAAAAGUUUGGUGAAAGUGGUAACUGAGUAUUUGACAAAUACAUUCCAAACUUAAGUGCAGCACGUAAACCCCUUUGAAGCAUAUCUGCUUUGGGUUUCGAUUUGGUUUCGGGUUUGAUUUUCAAAGGAUUAUGUGUUCUGAUUUUCUAGUACUUGGGGUUUCAAUUCGGUUACCUGGACCUGGUCCGAAGUGACAACCCCUAAUGUGAAAGGUUCUUCAAGUAGUCGUUUAG